UAUCUCCGCCAACAUUAAGCUUAUUUAAUACAGACUAAAAAUCAAACAAUUGGCAUGCACAUUUUGCGCCUCGCUUCUUCCGCUAAUCCCAACCCUCUCUUCACAAUGUCCGCUGCCUCUCUCGCUCUCCCUUCUUCCCUCUCUUCGAUUCGCUCCAAUGGACCUCUUCCUUCUCGAUGCUUCCGCCUCAACAACCCCUCUCGAUACAGGGUUUUCAUGAGCGUCUCCGUUGGAUCCCAAAUUGCCGUCGAUGAUGCCUUGUUAGCUGAUUACAAGCCCACCUCCGCCUUCCUCUUUCCCGGCCAGGGCGCUCAAGCGGUUGGAAUGGGAAAAGAAGCGCAGAAUGUGCCUGCUGCUGCAGAAUUAUAUAAGAAGGCAAACAAUAUGUUAGGUUUUGAUCUUCUAGAUGUUUGCAUCAAUGGUCCUAAAGAAAAGUUAGAUUCAACUGUCAUAAGCCAGCCUGCUAUUUAUGUCACAAGUCUAGCUGCUGUGGAGCUUCUUCGUGCCCGUGAUGGAGGCCAGCAGAUUAUUGACUCUGUUGAUGUUACAUGUGGCCUCAGCUUGGGAGAAUAUACUGCACUAGCAUUUGCUGGGGCCUUUAGCUUUGAAGAUGGACUCAAGCUUGUGAAACUAAGAGGAGAAGCAAUGCAAGAUGCCGCAGAUGCUGCUAAAAGUGCUAUGGUCAGUAUCAUAGGACUUGACUCCGAGAAGGUUCAGCAAUUAUGUGAUGCUGCCAACCAAGAAGUUGAUGUAGCUGAUAAAGUUCAAAUUGCGAAUUAUCUGUGUCCUGGAAAUUAUGCAGUCUCUGGAGGUCUCAAAGGAGUAGAAGCAGUGGAAGCAAAAGCAAAGUCAUUCAAGGCUCGGAUGACGGUGCGUUUAGCUGUUGCUGGUGCUUUUCACACUAGUUUCAUGGAUCCUGCAGUCUCAAGAUUGGAGGCUGCAUUGGCAGCAACCCAGAUUAGAACCCCAAGAAUACCUGUUAUAUCAAAUGUUGAUGCUCAGCCACAUGCAGAUCCCGAGACGAUAAAGAAGAUACUAGCACACCAAGUGACCUCUCCUGUUCAAUGGGAAACAACAGUGAAAACUUUGCUGACCAAAGGGCUGAAAAAGAGUUACGAGUUGGGGCCUGGAAAGGUCAUAGCUGGCAUUGUGAAGAGGAUGGAUAAAAGUGCAGAGAUUGAGAACAUUGGUGCUUGAGGGGUCAUUAGAUGUUGCUACUCAAGUUAUCCAAUGCCAUCAUAUUCGAACAAGAAAAUGAGAGUUGAAGUUUUGAGCUGUUAUGAUGGUUGGUGUGUAUGUCGUCAGCAAGUUCAUUAGGAGGACUGAAUUUCCAAAUUUAUCACUUAGGCAAUGACUGAUUGACAUUACGAAGAGCUUUUUGUUAUUUUGUGUGAGAAUAAAGAUUUUAUUAUUAUGACA